AAUCUGUUGAAUUUCCUUCCACUGGGUGAGCACUCAGAGGUGUAUAAAGCCCUGUCCACACACAUGCUGGAGGGAGAGACCCUCACCCCAGACUACCUAAAAAUGCCUAACUCAACACGUAACGGCUUUGAGGGAGUGAUCCAGCGAUCGCUGAGGCCCAUGUUUGAAGACCGAGUGUGUUUCAUAGCAACUGUGAGGUUAGCCAAGCCUCAGUUUAUCAAGGAAAUGUGUACUGUGGAGGAGCCCAAUGAGGAAUUCACCUCCAGACACAGUUUAGAGUGGAAAUUCCUCUUCUUGGACCACAGGGCACCCCCCAUCAUAGGCUACCUACCCUUUGAGGUUCUUGGCACUUCAGGGUACGACUACUAUCAUGUGGAUGACCUGGAGACCCUGGCCAAGUGCCAUGAACACUUGAUGCAGUAUGGUAAGGGGAAGUCGUGCUAUUACCGUUUCCUGACUAAAGGUCAGCAGUGGAUCUGGCUUCAGACUCACUACUAUAUCACCUACCACCAGUGGAACUCACGGCCGGAGUUCAUCGUCUGCACGCACACUGUGGUCAGUUAUGCUGAAGUGAGGGCUGAACAGCGCAGAGAGCUGGGCAUUGAGGAAUCACCUCCUGAGAUCUCAGCAGACAAGUCUCAGGACUCCGGCUCUGAGUCCCAGUUGAACACCUCCAGCCUUAAGGAGGCGCUAGAGCGAUUUGAUCACAGCCGCACACCCUCCGCUUCAUCACGGAGCUCCCGAAAGUCCUCCUCACACACCGCCGUCUCGGACCCAACGUCCACACAGACAAAGCUGCAGACAGACCAUAGCACACCCCCCCGCCAAUUAGUGUCAGCCAUUGAGAUGACAUCACAGCGGAGGUCCUCUAUUAGCAGUCAGUCAAUGAGUUCUCAGAACACAGGACAGACGAUGGCAACAUCUCUUGUGUCUCAGCCUCAACCACUUCAGCCCAGUGUGCAGCCGGUGCUGCAGUUUUCCACGCAGAUGGAUGCGAUGCAACAUCUUAAGGAGCAGCUGGAACAGCGCACACGCAUGAUUGAGGCCAACAUCCAGAGACAACAAGAUGAACUGCGGCAAAUCCAGGAUGAGCUGCAGAGGGUGCAAGGACAGAACUUACAGAUGUUCUUGCAGCCCGGAGGCGGUGGUCUCAACCUCGGCUCAGUGCAGCUGACGCAGGGAUCAUCCGUGCAGUCAGCGGGCUCUCUGUCCAUGCAGGGGGCGGUGGUGCCGACAGGAAGCCUACAAUCCACACAUACAGGGACACAACACACUGUCACACAGCAUCCUCAGCAGGCACCGCCACAACAGCAGAACCUUCUCAGAGAUCAGAGCUCCAAUCUAACGCAGCAGUCUCAGAGGUCGUCUCACACACUGCAGUCUCCUCAGGGAGCACUGCCUGCAUCUUUGUAUAAUACCAUGAUGAUCUCUCAGCCUGCGCAGGCCAACGUUGUGCAGAUCUCCACAAGCCUAGCCCAGAACAGCAGCACGAGCGGAGCCGCGGUUGCCACCUUCUCACAAGACCGUCAGAUACGGUUCCCUGCUACCCCACAGCUCCUCACUAAGCUAGUAACCGGCCCAAUGGCGUGUGGUGCAGUUAUGGUGCCUACCACCAUGUUCAUGGGGCAGGUAGUGACUGCGUUUGCCCCGCAGCAGGGCCAGGCUCAAACAAUCAGCAUCGCCCAGCAGCCAUCUGCGCAUAUGCAGGAGCAGCAGGCUCAGACGCAGUCACAGACAGCUACAGGAACCGCCCAACAGCAAGGACAGGCCCAGGCUCAGCUUGCCCAGCAGCAAACGCAGUUCCUACAGGCCCCUCGGCUUUUACAUGGCAACCAAUCUGCCCAGCUCAUCCUUCAAGCAUUUCCCCUGCAGCAGCAGCAAGGCACCUUUGCAGCCGCAACUCAACAACAGCAGCAGCAACUGCAACAGCAGCAGCAACAACUGCAGCAGCAGCAUCAACAGCAACAACAACAGCUGCAACAGCAACAUCAACAACAGCAGCAGCAGCUGCAGCAGCAACAGCAGCAACAACAGCAGCAGCUGCAGCAACAACUGGCAGCUCAUCGCUCAGACAGCAUGGACCGGUCCAACGCGCCACCUAAGUAGCUGACCGCACGUCAGAGACGCAACCAAAUCACCACUGAGCAGUCCUGCAGGCUGAGGGGCUUCUGAGGGGGAUGUUUGGAGCUAAAAAAAAUUGCAGUAUUUGUACUGUACCCUCUCAGAUACGUUUCCACUGCUUAUAGGUGAAGGGCCAGACCUAAACGGGUGUCUUUUUUUUUAACGAUCAACAGCUGCUUGCACUGAAUUCUGGGAGAGGUCCAACCACGAAUGCCGAGCUUCUGCGGGCUGGCAAGGAAUCAGCGGCAUCUGGUUUUCCGCAAAUUGUCUCCUCCACAAUAACCGCUUCCCCUUUGUCUCGUAUGCCCAGUGUGUGCCGUCAUCCCUCUUUCACAGGUUUAAUUUAUGCAGAACGAGCCGCAGCGGAGGCUUCAAGACCUGAAGAAAUCCUGCAGGACAAACGGCGCCUCUCUCUUUCUCUCGGGCCUCUCUUUCUCUUCCCUUCUCAUUUUACUUGUUGCAAGUAAUUAUGGGUCAGAAAAUAUUUUUAGGAAUGCCACGUGGAUUCAACUUUUAUUGUACAGUUCACCUGUAAAAUAAUGUGUAAAUAUAUGGACAAAAGGAAAGAGAAACUAAUAUUUUAUAUGAUGCAUGAGACGAAAAGCGUAGUCUGUUAUUUGUAGCUUUGAAUAUACUUUUUUUUCUAGUAUUCUGAGGAAAAAAGCUAAACUUAAUACACAUAAUGGUUGAUCUCUUCACAGACAUCCUUUUUCCAGUGGGAUGGGGGGUGAGUGUGUGUAUGUGCUUGCGCACAUGUGUUCGUAUGUAUGUGUGUCUGCCAAGCAGGCAAUGCUGGAUCCACAGAUUGUGUCACAGUUGGUUUAAAACAGCCUUCGUGUUUUAGUAAAACUGUUAAAGGAACAGGCAAUCUUUAGAUGUUUUGCAUCGUGUUAUACACCUUAGUAAUUGAAAAUAUAUAGAUAUGAAUAUUUCAGAGAGAUGUUUUACAUUUGUAAAUAGUUUAAAGAGAAGGCUUCAGAUUUAGUAUAUCAUGUGGUUAGGCAAAAAAAGAAACGGUGCUUUGACUGUUUAGCGCAGAAUCAUUACAGCUGGCAGCGGCCAUUCGCUAUUAAGUACCAUUGAUCUAAACGCACUCUGCUGAACUGGAACUGAUGCUUGAAACAGCAGGGUUAUGAUGAGGAAAAAUAUAAUCGCAUAGUGUGUAUGAUCCUAAAUGAUACAGGUAAAUUAGCAUAAGGCUAAGCCAUAGCUUCUUCUAGUUUUACAAUGGUUUACAUGGUUUACACUGUUAAACAGUGUUUUAGGUAUGAUUUGCUAAAUAGGUUUGAAUAACCAGAAAUAUAAUUUUACACAACCAAACCUGUUUAUCAUCUAGAGAUAGUAAAUUAUCACAUAUUUGCACAGCUUUAAUGCAGGAAUACUUUCACUUGCCUUUCUUGGGUCUCCGCUCGUUGACAAAUGAUGACAUUUCAAUGAUAGUGACUUGACUUUGCAAACUACUUCCACUCAGCUCUGGAAAAGCAGGAAUGUAUCGGUUCACUAGCAACUUCUAGCUCUUUGCCCAAAGCACAGAAAACAAUCCUAAUGUUGACAAUCUGAUUCUGUUUAUUGGUCCCUGUAGUAUUACAAUUCAGAUAUGCCAGAUUGUAGUUAAUUAGUUGAUUAAUAUGCUUGACAAGACAAGUUUCCCCGAAGUUGCUCUGAGACGUUGUUUGUAGUUAGCCAUCAUGAAUGUUCUAAAAAGAAAUAAUUGUUUUCCUCUAGUCAAAUGGGUCACAC